AUGGCAUCCACUUCCGCUUUCGUCCUCGAAGAGAGGCAGCAGCACAUCAUUGCUCCCGACGAUUCCGAUUUCCUCGACUCGGACGCCGAAAGCAGCAACACACCGCAUCCCGACGAUCAGCUCAUUGAGAGCGCUGUACUUCAAGAUCUACCUAACUCACCGCAUCGCUCCCCGAGGAAAGUCCGCAACAAGAGCCCAGGCAAGUUGUGGCCCUCUCAUCCCCUCAUCCGCAUCCACAAACGACUCUGGUUCACAUGGUUCGCCGGCGACUUGCCAUCCGAAGACGACUUGAACGACCAAGACGGCCAGCCAGCGGCGUGGAAGAACUUCAACGAUGCCGAGAUCAAGAAGUAUGUAGACGCAAGCGAGACCAAUCCAUCGCGGCUGCACUGGUUCAACAUCGACCGCGAUCUCGUCUACCUCAGCUUCUGGUUUGAUUGGGGUCCGCUCAACGUCGGCAUGUUCUACCGCUUCUGCCUGCACGUCCAUCACAUGCUCACCGACCCAGACAUGCAAGACGCUACCCUCGUGCUCUACACCACCGAUGCACCCGCACAGAAGGCCAACGCAGCGCUGCUCGUCACACUCUACGCCAUGAUCAUCGGCAAAGUCAAUCCCGCAGACGCCUUCUACCCGAUCUCUGAACUAGAGUUCAGGCCUUUCCGUGACGCUGGCUACGGUCGAGCCGAUUACAAUCUCUCCAUCCAAGAUAUCCUCUACGGCGUCCAUCGUGCUAUCAAUGAAGGCCUGCUCGAUCUCACUACAUUCAACCUGGACGAGUACGAAAAGUACGAAGAGGUGAGCAACGGCGACUGGAACUGGAUCACGCCCAACUUUAUCGCCUUUGCCUCGCCCAACGACCGCACCUACGUCGAAGCGCUCCGCGUCGGAGAAGGUCGUCUGCCCGCAUCCUACUCGUUCCACCCACCAGGAGAGGACAAGUUGUUCGGUCGUACCAUUCGCUACUUCAAAGACCGCGGGGUCAAGCUUGUCGUGCGUCUCAAUAACCCGCUCUACGACCGCGAGGCCUUCUUGGACGCCGGCAUUGAUCAUACGGACAUGUACUUCGACGACGGGUCCAAUCCUACCGACGAGAUCCUCACCGACUUCAUCGCCAAGGCGGACAAGGUCAUUUCGCAGGACGGCGUCGUGGCGGUGCACUGCAAGGCCGGAUUAGGUCGCACAGGCGUGCUGAUCGGCGCAUAUCUCGUGUGGAAGCACGGCUUCAGCGCCGGCGAGGCUAUCGGGUUCAUGCGCUUCAUGCGACCGGGAUGCGUCGUCGGGCCGCAACAGCACUUUAUGUACCAGAACUUUGUCGAGUGGAUCAAGUGGGGCGUGCGCGACCAUGCGAUGAAGGAGGCCAAGUUGUUGAUCGCCGAGGAGAGGGCCAAGAUCGAAGCGGCUGCUCAGGCCGCUGCUGCUGCGGCGACGGCAGCGAAUGCAAGUGCAGCUCCGGUCACUCGCGCUUCGAACAAGCGCCGCGCUGCUGCAGACGACAGCUUCGACUCGCAAACCGACGCCGAGGUGAGCCUCGACGAGGACGUCAAGCAUGCACAGGUGCACAAACAUGCCCGUGCUGGCUCGAUCGAGGGGGACAGCGAUGAGGAGGAGCAAAAGCGACCGAGGCAGAAGCGCAAGUCGGACCCUGCCGCUGCCGAUUCUGCGGAUGCCAACAUUGCUGGACCGCAAACGCCGAGAGCACAGCGAGGAGUGUCGCGAGGAGUUCCUGCAUCUGCCGCUCCGAACGUCAAGCCGGCACCCUGUGUCGGUCAGCCGAGAAAGUCGCCUUCGCCGUCGCGCAAGAGACCAGCAAUCCAAGCGCCUGCUACGGUAGCACGCUUGGAGCUCACUUCUCGACGAUACCCAGCGGCAACACGGUCGUUCAACACCCACCUGAUGCUCUCGUCUCAAUCGGUUCACAUAGACGCCGUUCCAACCACUGCUGCUGCUCCCUCGCUCACCGUUGCUGCCACCGAGACCGCGGCCGAUGAAGCGGACGAAGGCUCCAAAGUGCGCGGCGUCUCCAACAGCACCACGCACACUGUCGAGGCAGGCACAGGAGCAGGCGUUCUGGUCGAGUCGCGCAUCAACGUCUCUCCUCACUCGACGACCCCUCGCGCCUCUCCCAAAGCGGCACUCGUCAACCUGACCCCAUCCCCCGUCGCGCGCGUCCGCGGCUUCGAACGCACGCGCUCCAACACCAUCGCCACGGCUACGGUUGCCACGCCCAUCCGUGCCUCGAGUCGUCGCGAUACCGCCAGCCCCUCGCCCAAGCCGGAGGUCUUCCGCGCCUCGCCCUCGGUCAAAGAGCGAUACGGGUUGCGCGAUAGUCCUCCUCCACCCGCAUCUCCGCCCGUCAGGAGCGCGGCAGUAUCUCGACAGCCAUCCCCCGUAAAAGUGAUGAGCGACGCCGACGUCCUCGGUGUGAUUGACUGCAUUCCGCAGCACUCACCCGCGCCGAGGGUGUCGAUGCGCCAUCCCACCCCUUCGCCACCCAAACCUGAGGUGAAGGAGGAGAUCAAGGUGGACGCCGAGAACGUGGAGCCUCCGAUCCGGGCAUCGCUCACGCCUGUUGGUAGCGCCACACAGGGGCCGAAAGUGAUCCGCGCGGUCAAGCCGACGUUGAACGGCGCCACAGCGUCCAGUGCGCGAGUGGCGACGGUGAGGAAGCCCGUUACUGUGCGCUCCACACCCGCUCCCACUGUUGCUGCGACCAGUCGUUCGGUCUCAGCCAAACUUGUCCCUUCCACCACGCGUGCAGUGGCAGGGACCGGUCUGCGAGCGCAGAAGAGCGUAGCGGACCUGCGUGCGCCCCCCGCCAAAAGUCGGGUAGCAUCAGGCGUGAGCACAGCUGCGACCGUCAAUCCUGUUCCCACUCGACCAGCGAGCCGGUUGACCGCGCCAACGGCAGCCAGCGCCGCACGGGCCGCUGCAAACGGCGUGGCUGCCGGCAGACGCACCCCGCUACCCACUGCAGGGGCGGCCAAGGUCGGAGCGGCCAGAAAGGUCUCUGCAGCACUGCAGAAGGGUGGGCCCGCGGGAACGAGGAGGCCGAGAAGGAGUAGCACUGGCGAGGCUGGAUUGGACGUCGUUGCUUAA